CAACAACACAAAAUGUUAGAGGUACAAAUUACAAGAUUACUAAAUGCCACCACACAAAGUCUCACCAAACCUGAAUUCGAACAAUACGAGGAAAUCGAUGAAUUAUCCGAACUACGCACAGUGCAAAUUUACCCUUUGUUUGGCAUUCGCAUGUCGGGCUUUUUCGGCAAUAUCGUCAUAAUCGUCGUACUCUUCAAUCAACAAAUGAUUCCACUACAACUGUUGAUUGUCAAUUUAGUGUUGCGAUCUGCUCUUCGUCGUUUUCGCAUACCAUUCACCGCAAACGAAUAUAACCGAGUAUUGGCCUUCGGUGAUAUGUGGUGUCGAACGGUGCAAUAUUUGAUUGUUGUUACUGCAUUCGCAAGCAUUUACACUUUGUUGAUGUCGGUCGAUCGUUUUAGCCGUUGUACAUCCGAUACGUCACGACAAUUGCGCACCGAGAAGGUGACGAAGAUUGCAAUUGUAACACUGUGGGUGAUCAUUUUGACAAUUCCGGUGCCGUUGGUUCAUGGUUUAACGGAAAAACUGGAACCGUUUCCAAAUGUCACCUAUGCAUUUUGUACAUUCUACGAGGAUAAUUUGAUCGUCAGCCAAACCAGCUAUCAGCUGAUGUUCUUCGCCUGUUCAUAUCUGCUGCCGCUCAUGGCAAUUAGUGGCCUCUAUGUACGGAUGAUUAUGCGUCUGUGGCACCAAGGGAGCGGCGUACAGAUGUCAGUGAAAUCGCAACGUGGUCGCAAGCGUGUCACACGUCUCGUUGUGGUUGUGGUUGUGGCAUUUGCAUCGCUAUGGUUGCCAGUACAGCUGAUUUUGCUGCUGAAAACGCUCGGUAUCUAUCAUUCAAACACGAAAUUCAAACUUUUGCUGCAAGUCAUCGCCCAAACGUUGGCCUACAUGAGCUCCUGCAUCAAUCCGUUGCUGUAUGCCUUUCUCUCCGAUAACUUUCGCAAGGCUUUCUAUAAGGCCAUACACUGCUCGGAGAGAUAUCAAAAUUACUCAACGGAUUUACCGCCGCCAAGGCGUACAUCAUGCGCCCGCACCUCGACCACAGGCCUGUGAAUUACCUGCAGUAGCAGCGGCGAAAACUGCGCGCACAACAGGGCGUAUGAAUAACAUGCUAAAGGACUGCAAAGAGACGCUUAUACAGAGAGACUCACAGCUCAGCGACGGACAAUUGCUGCCAACUGGCGAGUGUAAUGAUAAAUUAUGUCGCUUAACGCCAACUUUCGCCGCACAUCCGGCGAUUUGGGUGAAUAAAGUAAAUAAAUAUAUAUAUACAUACAUAUACAUACCUACAUGUAUAUGGAUGUAA